AUGUCUUCACCAAUUCAAAAUAAAAAAGCUACCACUACUACCACUACUACCACUACCACCACAACAACAACAACCACUAGUAAAACUAAACCAAUUAGAUUAAAUUCUAGUUUUGAUAAUGGUAGCAAUAACAAUUAUGAUGAUGAAGAUGAAGAAGAUGAUGGAGAUGAUGUUAAUUUACCAAUGGUUAAAUUGGAUAUUGAAGAUGUUCAACUAUUAAAUUUUGAUAUCGAUGACUUUAUUAAAGAACAAGAUCUAAUACAUAAAGAUGAAGAAAAGAAUGUAUUAUUUAAAGAGUUAAUUAAACCAAUUAGAAAGUCAUAUGGAGAAGAAAUAGAGCUAAUAGAAGAGAAUUUUAGAAAUGCUGAGAAUGAAAUUAUAGAAUCUUUUCCAGCUGGUUAUUAUCCAACUAAGGUUAUAAAAUUUUUAGAUUCUCAUAUUAAAUAUAUUCAAUUACUAUGUUUAAAAACCAAAGCUGCUCUUCGUGCAAAAGUUUUUGACUCGAUUCAGCAAACCUUCCAAAUCUAUGUCAAUAUUCCAGAUGAAGCAAAUCCACAUUCACAAUCACCAGAUGAAACAACAGGUGAUCCACAUGUAACCAAUGCUGCAGAAGAAACUAGAAGAAAAAAGAAAAGAAAAGUAGAUGCUAUUUUGGAAAAAUGGUAUUCAAUAAACUACACUCAACCUUACCCACUCUAUAGUGACAAAAUAUUUUUAGCCUCUUUUUCAAAAAUAAGCUUCUCUAAAACCAAUGAGUGGUUUGGUAACAAGAGAACUAGAGUACGUAAGCAAGGUAAAGAUGAAGGUGAUGACGAAAAUAAAACAAUCAACAAAAAUAUACUCUCAACUUCAACUCAUAAAAAGAAAAGAGGAAGUUUUGAAAUUUCAAACAAAUAA